CACGCGACAAAAUUAAAUUUGUUUGGCCUAUAGAGUGCCACCGAUCAGUAAAUUUUUUACAGAAUACAACUUCAGUUAGUCUGUAACGGGAAAACUCGUUGUCACCAAACGUUUAAUCUGUCAAAACGUACAUCUACAAUGUGCGUUAAAUGGCGACUCCUGCCGAUAGGUGGCGGCAUGACGCCGUUUGAUUGGAAUGGCUGAGUAGAAGAAAAGUGUUGUCGUAGCAACUUGAUGCGAGUAAAAUUACCCAGCCUUUACAUUGUGCGAGUUUUAUUUGCUACUUUUGUUAAUACUAUUUAUUAACCGACCAACUGAACUCUCUUGGCAAGCCUUAAAACUUUACGGCACGUAAAUUCAAUGUUGGCUGUAAUCCCAUGAUUUACUAAACCGUUUAAUACCUUGUUAUCACGUAACGUUUUACAUGAGUGUCUAAUAUAGUUUCAAUGUCGGUAGUAAGCAGUUUGGUGCCAUCGCGUUUUCUAAGUCUCAUCGCGCACCUUGUAAUUGUCAUAAUCAUCUUCUGGUCCAGAGAGAAUAGUGUCAAAGCUUGCAUACCACUAGACUACACGAAUGAAGAAUACAGAUCAGAGGACACGCGGCUUGUGGUUGCAUUGUCUGUGACUCUUGGCCUGUUUGCUGUAGAACUGAUCGGGUUUCUAUCUGGCAUCUCUAUGUUUAACAACAAUCAAGCCCUUCUGUCCAUUGGAUGUCAUGCAAGUGGGUCUGUGGCUCUGCUCUUCUUCAUGUUUGAGCAAUGGACCUGCAGCAUUUAUUGGUGGAUCUUUGGCUUCUGUAGUGUGAUUCCGGCACUGUAUGAAAUAAUACUUUUCAUAGUAGUAUGUGGAUUAAAGAAGAAGCCUUUGUGAGCGUUUCUGCCCUCUCCUCCGCUGGAUUCGGUGAAGGACGAAUAUUAUCUUGCCAUGGCUGCAGUAUAAAACCGAAAAGUAGAAUAACAUUCACUGGCACAAUAAAACACACAAUAAAAUGUUCCUCUUCUGGAAAUAGCUUACUGUAAAUCACUAUUUAUAGUCUUUUUGAUGUUUUAUAGUUCUAUGUUUAGUUUUAGAUGUAGUAUUUAAGAAUACUUUUUUAACUCUAUGUUUGUUGUCUUUAAUUUGGAUUUAUUUAACUACUUUGUAUUUUGUAAGAGGUGUUAUCAAGCAGUCGGUUUGUUAACUCAUUUCCCGCCAGCCUUUUUUUUUUUUUAAGUUGCCCGAAAGCAUUUUUUGUGAUUUUCACAAAAGUAAAAACAAAUCCAGGAAAAUUUUAUUCUAUAAAUAUAUAUACAUACAAACAAAUCAAAUGAAAGUACAGACCCUCUGCUUUUAAAGGAACACGCCCAGAUUUUCAGUAGCGCUUCACUGCAGAACACGACAUCCAGGGGGCGGGGUUGGAUUUAGAUCCAGGGGCGGAGCUGGAUCCCGGUCCAGAAAUCCCAUUGGUCGGCAGUUUUACCACAAGACACGUCAUACACGUGUUGCUGCGUUACCAUUUCCGCAUUAAGUCGUAACUAAAUUAAGUUAUUAUUUUGACAUAAAAACAAACUUUACUUAAGUUAUGACUACAAUAAAAGUAGUGCCUUUAGGGUGAAAUGUAAGUUUUUUGCUAUAAUGUUUUGUAGUAAAACAUUUCGGGUAAGCUAACUACGAGUAAUCUUACCACAUGCAGUUUAAGACCUAUUAAUGGAUACAGUAUAAAUAUGCAUAAUUAUUAAAAUAUAUAGGCUAUGGCAUGUUAAAUUAAUAAAUUGAAUGUUUAUCUGGACUUUGAACUUGUUUUAACAUGUCUUUGCUUACAGCCAUUAGGAAAC